AUGUCAAUUUAUGAGGGUAUUUUAGUCAUUCUACUCAUCCUUUUUUCUUCUCCAAUGAGCUUCCCCAUUUCCGGCGAUGACUUCUUUCUUCUCCGUCGAGCUAUAAAGAGUAAAAAAGUAAAGGCAACCGCCAUAGGACAGUGUAUCACCGUGUCUUCCUCCUCCGGCUACGAAAAUCGAAUUGACGAAGCUUCUAGAACAUUCAGGUCUUCGGCGUCGUCGAAUGACGAGGUGCUAGCGAGGUUGUCGGUGUUCAAGCAGCUGAUACUGUGCAGCGUGGAGGGAAAGGUGAAGGAAAGCUUUCCGAUCGUGAAGACAUCGAAGGACCCGUAUGAGGAUUUCAAAGGGUCAAUGGUGGAGAUGAUUUUGGAGAAACAGAUGUUCGAGAAACAUGAUUUGGAGCAGUUGCUACAGUGUUUCUUGUCUCUAAAUACGAGGCAGUAUCAUGGGAUGAUCGUCGAGGUUUUCUGGAUCUCUUCCUUUUCCGGCCGUUUUGAGAGAAGCACAUCGGAGAAGAAAAGAAGUCGACGCCGGAAAUAG